AUGUAUAUUCGCAACAUUCUGGUCUCUGGCCUAGUGGCUGCCAGUACAGUGCAAGCCUACAACAAUGACACAUUUGGCGAAGAUGAAAAGUGGAUAGUAGCAGAUCCAGCUCCAGUACAAAAGCGACAACUCAUCAACGUCUUCGGCCUCAUCAGCAGCUUCUUCGGCGGCGGCAACCAACAAGAUUCAAGCCAGUGCCCUGCCAUCUGGACCCAAAUAUCUGCCACUCUUACCCAACAAUUCUCCGCAAACGGCGAAUGCACAGAUGCCGCCCGGGCCGCCAUCCGAGCUGCUUUCCACGACUGCUUCCCAGGAGCCUGUGACGGCUCUCUCAUCCUAGCCAACGAAUGCGCACAAGCCCCAAGCCGCGCUCUCCAGGGCUUCUGCAGUAACCUGGCAGGCGUAGCCUCGCAAACCAACGUCGGCGUCGGCGAUCUCAUCCAAUUCGCAGCCGCACACGCCAUCAAGACAUGUCCUGAAGGUCCCACCGUUCCUGUGCGAAUCGGACGACAAGACUCUAGCCGCGAAAACGACUGGAGAAUACUACCACGAGGUGAUGCCAGAGGAAACGAUAUCGUCAGGUUGUUCUCCUCAAAAGGCUUCUCCCCCGUCGACCUCGCCGCCCUCCUCGGCGCUCACUCAACCGCCAAACAGCAAUUCUUCGAUCCCUCCCAAGCCGGCGCCGCUCUCGACUCCACCCCAGGUGUCUGGGACAUCAAGUACUACACAGAGACUCUGCGGGGAAACGCGCCUUUUACUCUCCCCGCUGAUAGGAACGUUGCGAGGAAUCCGGCGACGGCGCUGGCUUUUGCGCGGUUUGGGGUGGAUAAGAAGGCGUGGGAUGACGCGUUUGUUGUGGCUAUGGUCAAGAUGGGCAUGAUGGGUGUGACGAAUCGGAAUAUGAUUGAUUGUACGAGUGCGUUGCCCAAGACAAGUGCUUCGAAGAGGGAGGUUAAGGAGAAGAGGGUUUCGGGGAGGUUUACGUGGUAA